UAUUACUGAAGGUACUGGUAGACAAAGCACUUCCCUUUUUGGGUAAAGAGCUGGUUCUGAAUCAACCCACGCUGUCUCGUGUUUCUAAAUUUUUACGGGGGCUGAUUUAUCUACAAGGCCAACACAUUCAUGCAGCUGUCCCACACACACGAGAAAGAACAACAUGAUAGGCUACUUGUUUUCAAACUGUCAUCCACUUUCCCUGUUAUCAUAAUAGCUACUGUAUCUCACAGCAGUUGAAGGUCUAGUCUGAUGGAGAUCAUGUUGAGGACUACUGCCUGAAAAUAUUUGACCAAGCCCCUCUCCGUUUGCCUCUGUCAAUCACAAGCCGAAACAAGAUGGCAGGCUGCUGGAGCUGGAUCUUCUCUUUAACAGUUUGUGCUGUCAGUUUUCUUGGGGCCAAUGCAGAGAUCAAAUUCACCAUUCCUGUGGGGAGGUUAUUUACAUUUGAGCUGAUACGAGAGACUUUCCAGAAUGACUUUGAACCUUUGUCAAAACUCUACACUGGGCACUUGUACAAUGACCCCAUGAUUUUUAAGUGCAACCGGCAGAAUUUCCCAGACCUCCCAGAGUGGCUGCGCUUCACCCAAAGGCACCCAUAUGAUAAUGGCUUCCUGUACGGCACGCCAACAUCUCCAGGAAAAACUGUAAUUGAGAUCUAUGUCUUCAACAAAAGGAGCUAUGAAACAGCCAGAGACAUUCUCGUGAUCAAAGUCACUGCGGGGAAAAUGCUGCCCUAUCAAGCAGAGUUCUUCAUCAAGCUGAGGGAGAUUGAGAAGGUGCUGCCCUCUCCUGUUCAGGAUGAGAUAAAGCAGGAUUUACAGAAGCUGUGGGACACAGAGGCCUUGGAAAUUGUCAAUAUUACCAACGCCCUCGACCGUGGCUGCAGAGUUCCCCUCCCUCUUGCAGGACACUUUGAAGGUGUGUAUGUGAAGGUUGGGUCGGAGCAGUAUUUCUCAGAUUGUCUCCUGAAGGUCCAGACACCAGAGCAUCAAAAGCAGUGCAGCACUGCAGGGGACAAAGUCAAGGUCCCUGGAGGCUGUAACUUCUGCAGCAUUCCCAGUAACUGUAUCACGUGGUGCAAGACGGAGCUGUUUGAUCUGACAAAGCAGGAGCCGGCUCCUCCAGCUCCCACGAUAGGCUCUGGGAUUCUGGAGGAUGGAGGUGACUUCGAGCCGCCCAAGUCUCCCCCGAGCAGAGACUUUUUACAGGACUACGUCGUGACAGUGAUCGUGCCCCUGAUCCUCGCCAUCAUCCUGUGUCUCCUGUUGGCCUACAUUAUGUUUGGCAGACGAGAGGGAGUUGCGAAAAGGGAUGCAAGAACAAACCAAAUUCAGCUGUACCACCACCACACCAUUCACGGGAACACCGAUGAGCUGAGGAACAUGGCUGGAAACCGAGGUGUUUCUCCGCCUCUGUCCACACUGCCCAUGUUCAACAGCCGAACUGGGGUGGGGGCUCCACUGCUGCAGUCUGACAGCCCCAGCAUCCCCCUCAUCUUGGCCCAGCAUGAUCCUUACAGUGACACACUGCCCAGGAAGUGAGCACAACGGUGGAUAAAGUGUCUUUGAUGCACUGAGUGUCAUUCAUAGUUAUUUUACCCACAGUUUAUGGUUCUAUAUUUGGAGUGCGAAAUUUGUUUUUGAUUUUUCUUCCUUAGGUGCCAUUACAAUAGAUAAUAAAUAAAAAAGUGUGUAGUUUGUCAA